AUGUAAUUUCACAUCGUCAUCUGAGCAUUAAACAUCGCGCGGCGGCGGUUGAAUAGAAAUAAAUUCAAAUUGAAGCGAAAAGCAAAAGAAUCGCACAUACACACACGUACAGAGGAGCAUACCAGCCCCUCGGUUCACAACCCAUACCCACAUACACACACACACACACAACCUUAAAGCUCUUCGUAAAAGCCAGUGUGCGAGUCUCGAUUACAUAGCCAGUCAGUUAGUGAACGGACGGAUUUGAAAUUGAAAAUAAUAAAAAAAAAAUAAACGCAGGCAAAUUAUACAAAAAAAUACAGAUUUUUUAAGACAUAGUGAUGGUAUGCUUUAGUUUGCCAAUUGUCGUGAUUGAGCUCGCUGAAAAAAUCGGUAACCAAAUUUAACCGAAUCCGCUGCAAAAAAAAAUCCUCAUCACAUACAUGCAAACGCGCGCACACACAUUCGUUUAAGAUCGAAAAUUCCAAUUAAGGAAUUCGUAGUGUGGCAGAAGGCAAAAAAGAACCAAUACCGAAAAUAGCAAAAAAAAAAAGUGAAUCAAGUGAAAUUUUCUUGAAAAAAGGAAAUCGAAAUAACGUGAUUUUUAUUAAAAUUCAUUUGAAAUUUUUAACCUGGAACAAGUAUCUAGCGUCAUUACCCGCAGCAAUAUGCAGUCACUAAUCCUGGUCAGUGUUAUGGUGCUGAUGUUAGCAGUGCAGCAAGGCUCUGCCAUUAAAUGUUACGUCUGCAACAGUCACAAAGAUGCCAACUGUGCUUUGGAUAUACCACCAGAUAAUCUUCUCAAGGACUGUGAGGAGGUCUAUUCAACAAGAGGACGUGGCAUUUCAACAUAUUGUCGUAAAAUUUCACAAAUCAUUGAAUUCUCUGUAAAUAAUUUACCCCCAGAUAACCGUGUCAUUCGUACCUGUGGUUUCCAGAAUCAAACCAACUACAAUAACUGCUACACACGCGCCGGUUUUGGUGGCCGCCAAGUGGUGUGCUCCUGCACCGAAGACAACUGCAAUACCGCUGCCGGUCUAGGCGUUUCCUCAUUAGCCAUGGCAACAUCGUUAUUCUUUGCUGUGGCAUUAUUGCUGAAAAAAUUUGUUUAAUUUCUUGUGUCCUCUGGUCAAAUCUCAAUAAUUGCUAAUUUUCUUUUACUUGUCGUUUCUUUUCCUUAGAUUUUAUUGUUGUUUUCAUUUUUGUUAAAUAUGUUUUUUUUUUAAGUUGAUUUUGUUUGUAAUGUUAGAUUUUAUUAUAAGGCCUCAUGUAAUUUUAUUUUGAAUCCUAAGUUCCUUAUGGGGUUUUAAUAGUAGCAACAGUAUUUUUUCUUUUCGUUUUUAUCAAAUCUUUAAAACAUUUUUAAGAAGAGAAGAACAAACAAACAAACGCAAACGAAUAAAAUGCAAAAUUUAUUGGAUUUUAAAAAUCAAUCUAAAACUGAUUUUACGAAAUAGCUGAAAACCCAAACCACAAAGAAAUCCACCCAAUGUAGGACUUAGCCUGAUGCGGUAAUUUAAGUAACUUAUUUUAAGUGAAAUUUGCACACAAAACCCCCCACCAGCUAUAGAAGUUAAAUGAACCAUACUGAAAGAAAAAUAAGAACAAAUGCUGCAACGGCUUUUAGAACUACCAUGUAUUUCUUCAAGUUCCUUUCAAGAAGCAUGUAGUUUUUUGAAUUAUUUCUUAAUCCAAAGAAGAAAAAAAACAAUAACCCGGAAUGGUUUUACAUUAAGAAUUAAACAAUAGUUCGAAAUAAAUGUAAAAUUCCUACAAACAACCAUAUGAUGAUGUAAUAGAAUCAAAGACAAAGAUGUAUUCUUUUAAAAACUCUUCAUCUAAAUGUAGUUCUAUUUUUUUUCGUUUACCAAAUGUACCAAAACUAACUUAGAGCAAAACAAAACACAAUACACGAACUAAGUAAAAUAAAAUCUCCCAGAAAGUAUUAAAAAAACAAAGUGAAUUUUUAAUGGAAAAGUGUAAAAGUAUCUGUAGCCUACCGUUAAAUUUUUGAAUUUAAGUCAAGUGAAGAAAACCUAAAACAAAACAAAAAAAAAAUAAUAUUGCGUUUUUUGUCUUUUUUUGAGAAACUUUUUAAAGUACAUACAAAAAAAUAUUUAAUACGAAACUAAUAAAAUUUGUUAAAUCUUAAAACAAGAAAGAAAAUAUAAUAAUAUUACAAUAAUAACAAGAAAUAAGUUAAAUGAUCCUGAAUUUGUGAAAACAUAAAUGAGUAACAUGCAGCUAAUACCAAAAAAAUUGCAUAGGAAAUUCCCCAAUAAAAGGUUCUAUACAAAUUCCCUAUAGAGAAUUUGUAUCAACGGAAUGACCUCUUCCUACCUUCCUUCCUUCACCCCUUCAACCUUGCAAAAUAAUUUGAAACUUCCAAAAACUCUAAAAUUAGACCAUACACAUAUACCAAGCUUUUUUAAAUAAAAAGAUACUAAAAUCUGCUCUCUCCCCCUCUCUCUCUCUCGACAAAAGAAAUGCAUAAUAAAAUUUUAGAAAAAUUUAGUAAAAACUUAAACAAUUUCAAAGAACAGCGAUGAAAAGUAAAGCAUUAGCAGACAACUAUGAAAAUUUUGAAAAUGCACUACAUACCAAAGCCCUGGCUACCUACCAUUACCAUCACAUGCAUACAUACAUAUGUAAUUGUUGUAAUUGUUAAAAAAAAAAGUAAAAGUCCCCAUUCGCAUACACACAUUCACAUACCAAUACACGCCAAAAAGAUGUUAGUGACCAACUGCCAAAACAGAAGUUAUUAAAGCUAACAAUGAAAGCAAUUAUGUAAAUGUAGUUGUACCAUAACUCUCUCCCUCUACCCACAUACAUACAUACAAAGAAGAAAACAUUACCCUUUAGAUAAUAUUUAUUUUAAAAUAAGGUAGAUACAAGUAAUUUUAUUUUAUCUUUCAUAUUGGUUUUUAUCCAAACCCACUGUAUGCGUAGCUGUUCCCCCUCCCUGCCAUAACUGCUAUGGUUACAAAAACCCACACUCCUCCGCAAAAAUUGUAAUUGCAAUCCUCUGCAUCCUUAUGUGAUGACAGUAGAUAAUCAUCAUCCUCAAAAAAAUCGAAUCUAAACAAUGUCUUUUAAACAGAAAACUAACGAAAUAAACCAACCAAAAGACACACUACAAAAAUAUGUAUUUCUAUAGUAACAAUUGUGCUGAUUCAAAAUGUCAUAAGUGGAAAAAAGUAUUGAAUAAAGAUUUAAUAAAAAUAA